AUGGAGGAAUCCUCUUUGUCUGGGUCAGGUUUAGCAAGGGCAGGUCUUGAUGGUGUUGGUCCAUUAGGAAGCUUUAACAGUAGCUCUUCCACAACAAGUCCCUGGGGCGUCAGUGGUCUAUGGUUGUUGGCAUUUGUGCUAACCAUUAUCAUCCUUCUGACAGCCUGUGGCAAUAUGCUGCUUAUUGCUUUGGUAUUUGCUCAUCGCUCUUUACGUUGCACCUCCAACUGCUUUCUGGUAUCACUGUUCUUGUCUGAUCUGAUGGUAGCGUUGGUGGUCAUGCCCCCUGCCAUGCUCAAUGUGCUGUGUGGAGCCUGGGUGCUGUGGCCAGGCUUCUGCCCAGUUUGGCUUUGCUUUGACGUCAUGUGCUGCAGUGCCUCUAUCCUCAACCUCUGUGUGAUCAGCCUAGACCGUUACCUCUUUAUCAUCUCACCGCUCCGCUAUAAGCAGAGGAUGACACCACCAAGGGCCCUUAUCCUGGUGGGGGCUGCUUGGGGUCUAGCUGCAUUUGCUUCCUUCCUGCCCAUCAAGAUGAAAUGGCAUAGUUUAGGCUAUGGAAUCGGUCACUCUCGGAUGGAGAAACUGGGCAGUACCAACAUCAGUUCCUAUUCUGAAGAACAGUACCCUCCUGCUUACUUUCAGAUGGCAUCUGGUGGCCUUUCUUUGCAGUGCCGCCUGCAGGUCACACUGCCCUUUGCCCUGGUAGCAUCAGUCUUAACCUUCUUCCUACCAUCCAGUGCCAUCUGCUUCACCUACUGUAAAAUCCUCCUGGCAGCCCGGCGACAGGCCAGGAGGGUGGCAGCACUCAGCCACCCUCCAUAUCCACAUUCCUCCCUUGGGGAACCUUCCCACCCCCCUUCACCUGGGGCAGCAGCAAGACAUUUUCACCAGGAUGGAGAUGACUACAGUCAACAGGAGCAUCGUGUAUUGCACAAUGUACCGCUUUCAAUCAGCAGUGAGCGUGGUCUGGCCCAACGGCAGGGGCACAGGGCCCUGAAGGCCAGUCUGACUCUGGGAGUCUUACUGGGGCUUUUCUUUAGCACCUGGCUCCCCUUUUUCAUCUCCAACAUGGCUCAGGCGGUGUGCGAGUGUAUUCCUCCAGCACUCUUUGAUGGUAUCACGUGGCUGGGCUACUGCAAUAGCACUAUGAACCCCAUUAUUUACCCCCUCUUUAUGAGAGAUUUCAAGCAGGCUCUAGGGAAGCUCCUGCCCUGCUGCUGCCCGCACUCACCCAGAAGACCUUCACCAGCACUCUCCCUUUCCCUCUGCAAUUCAGGAGAGCCAAAACAAAUCAGCCAGACCAGCACUCCUUCAGCUUCUGAUCCAACCCAUCUUCUUGCCACUGCUACAGACGCUGUUAACCUCUUGGAUGCAGAGCAUGCUGGGAUUGAGCUGCCUUUGCUUCUACCCAAUCAGGUAGACACGCUGGACUAA